AUGUCACAGAGAACAGAUUUUCCAAUAGCUCUUGCCCUGAAGGCCAUCGUGACCCUGGACACUCUGCAGGUCCUGGACUUCCGUGGAGUGGGUCUGGAGCGCUGGCUGGUCCUGGAGCUGGCCCCUCAGCUCUGCUCUCAGACUCACCCUCUGCCCUUCGAGUUCAGGGCUCUGGAGGCCAUUCUGCAGCACAGGGUGAAUGCUCUCCAGACCAGACUGAGCGACCUGGAGCCGGUCCUCCUGGACACGCUGGAGUCUCUGGUGGACCCCAAGCUUCUCUCUGCGGAUCGAAGCAAACUGCACGUGCUUCUUCAGAACAGCAAGAGUUUGUCUGAGCUUGAGACGGACAUUAAAGUGUUCAAAGAGUCACUGCUGAAGAUCCUGGACGAAGACGAGAUGAUCGAGGAGCUUUGUCUGACCAAGUGGACCGAUCCCAGAGUCUUUGAGGAGAGCAGUCUGGGCAUCGACCACGCAGAGGAGAUGGAGCUGCUGCUGGAGAAUUAUUACAUGCAGGCUGAGGAUCUCGGGAACAAGUCCAGGGAGCUGAAGGGGCUCAUCGAUGAUUCUGAAAGUGUCAUUUUCAUCAAUCUGGACAGCCAUCGCAACACCAUGAUGCGGCUGAACCUACAGCUGACCAUGGGCACCUUCUCCCUGUCUCUGUUCGGUCUGAUCGGAGUGGCCUUCGGCAUGAACCUGGAGUCGUCCUUUGAAGAGGACCCCCGGGUGUUCUGGCUCGUCACUGGCUUCAUGUUUCUGGGCAGCGGCUUAAUCUGGAGGCGACUGCUUUCAUUUUUGGGGCGCCACCUAGAGCCCUCAUUGAUUCCUCCAGUUUGGAAGAGAAACCUGAAAGGAGGAGGUCUCAGAUGA